AGAAAAAAAUCGUUUACGCAGGGCAAUCGAUAAUUCGUGACACGUGCAUGUAGAACAUAGAAUUGCAGCACGUGACCAACAAUAUUAAAUCGAUGUCUUCAUAGCAACUACAAGACUUUUCCAGUUAAUGUAUGUUUGCGCGUUUUUUCUUCAGACGUGCUUGUGAAUUUCCUUCUCGUAUUAAUAAUUCUCGAUAAAGUUCGAAAUUAACAAAAAACAAAAAUGGUAAAAAUCACCCUCGAAUUAAUACGAAAGCGCUCGGAGCACAACGAGGGUGAAAUAUCGACGUUGGAAGAGAUAGCUUUACACCAAGAGAAUAUCGAUAAAAUCCAGCUAAUAGAUAGACAUUGUCGGUAUCUCAAGAUCCUUUUGUUACAGAAUAAUCUUAUAUCGAAAAUAGAGAAUUUAAGUAUGCUUAAAAGAUUGGAAUAUUUAAACUUGGCUCUUAAUAAUAUCGAGGUUAUCGAGAACCUGGAGGGUUUAGAGAGCUUAAAGAAAUUAGAUCUCACCGUUAAUUUCAUCGGCAAUUUACAGAGCGUAAAAAAUCUCAGAUGCAAUGAGAAUCUGGAGCAAUUGAUUUUAAUGGGAAACCCAUGCACGGAUUAUGAAUAUUACAGACAAUACAUUGUGGCGACUCUGCCACAAUUGCAAGAGCUUGACAUGCAAGAGAUCGAAAGAUCAGAGCGUAUCAAGGCAUUACAGAUUUACGCGCGAGCGCGAGACGACGUUAUCGAGAGUUAUCGACGUUAUGAGAAAACCAGGAUACUUGAACGGACACGUCGUAAUGCUGCACUUGAAGUGACAGAGAUAAAGACGAAUACUAUAGAAAGCGAACAGGAAAAUGUAAAGAAUGAACGAAGCAAGAAUACAGAAGAGGAUGACGAAGCGGAGAACGAUCGUUUCUGGAAACAGCCUAGUUAUCAUACGCCAGAAGAUAGAGUCGCCAUCGCUGAACGAACCUUGAAGAAACAAGAGAAGAAAAAUAGCUCUUCGAAUAAUGAUCGUCCAAAACGCGUGCUAAAAUUGUUUGCCCCUAACGGAAGACCUUAUAAUAUAAAUCAAGCCAAAGUGUCAUUUAAACUAAACGAUGAAGAUGAUCCCGAUUUUGUUGUUCUCGAAGUCUCUGUUUACAGAUACUUAGAUACUUCUUACGUCAACGUCGACGUAAACCCGACUUACGUGCGAGUUAGCAUAAAAGAAAAGAUUCUGCAGUUGACUCUACCUUGCGAGGUAUCGGUCGAAAGAAGUAAUGUUCGACGGAAUACAAUUACCGGAAACUUGGUGAUCAAUAUGGCUCGCUUGAAUCCAUGCAAAACAAUCGUAAAAAAGGAUGAAUCGGUGAAAAAGAAAGAAUCUGAACGCGAAAGAAAGAUUUUUACAGUUCGAGCGCCUGUAAUAUCUCGGCGAGCUUUUCUUGAGAUCGGUCCAUCUUCGGAUAUUCACGAUUUUCUGAUGGUAACCAAAGAUUCCGCGAAACGAGCUCAAACAAAUGAAAAAGAUCUCGCAAAAAACGAAAAUUUCGAAGACAAUCCGGACGUACCGCCUCUCGAAUAAACAGGGAUAACAGGAACAAUUAUGACGAAUAAAAAAUCAUAAUUAUAAAGAUCAGGAUGAUUCUGAUCAUCGCAUUGAAUCAG